ACAAAGAAAUUAUAUAAAUCACUCCAGAAACAGUCAGCAAUAGCUAAAGAAAAGCAAGAGUUAUCAGAAAGAUUCCUAGCAUUGAUAAAAGAACAAGAAUUACCAAAACAAUUUGAGCCUGAUGGCAAAGAAGAACAAGAGCUUAAAUUUGAGCUUCAAGAAAAAAAAGCUACCCUUGAUGCAUAUUUUUCUAAGCAGCAGAAGCAAGAGGCAGUUGAAGAAAUGCUACAAACAGAUAUAUAUUUAAAAGACAAAGCAAUAGAACAUCUUGUUGAGGAAAAGUCUUUGCUAUUAGUAGAAAAAUCUCAGCUUUUGGAAGAAAUCAGGAAACUUAAAGAUGAAAAAAGUGAAAAUGAUUUCAGAACACAGGUUAAAAAGACAAAUUCAAAAAUGUACCCAAAUGAAGAGAAAAUAUUGACUAAAAGGCAAGAUGCUAUGGCUAUGGCUCAUUCAGCUGAUUAUGGUGGUGAGCUACAUAGGCCUAGUGACAGUGAGAAAGGUUAUGAGACACCACCUAAAGGUAUAGACCGAUACGAAUUGGCCAUACCACAACAAGAAAUGACCAAGACACCAUUGACAAUAAUGGUGGUUGGUAUGACAGGAGCAGGAAAAUCAACACUCAUCAAUUCAAUGCUGGGUAAGGAAGUAGCCCGAGUAGCAUAUGGUAGGUACCCUUGCGAACAUGAUACAAUAGAAGAACACACUGGUCUGGGAGACCCACGCUAUAGUUCUAAAGAGUUGAUAAAGAAGUUUAAACAGAAAAUUGAUGAGCGUGGUGAUCGGUUCACAACCCUUAUAUGUCUGAGAAUUACAUACAGAUUUGAUGAUUCAGUUAAGUAUUUUUUAAAUCUUCUUGCAAAACUGUUCAAAAAUGAUGGCACCAUAUGGAAAAGCUGCAUCUUAGUACUAACACAAGCCAAUGUGUUUCGUAUUAAUUAUAUAAGUGAUGAAGUUCUAAAAUUGAAAAUGAAUUUGUGUAUGAAAGAUUGGGCUGCAUGCUUUCAAUCGCACCUGGAAAGAUACGUGCCUGAAAAAAUAAUCAUGGAUAUGCCAGUUUGUGUCGCUGGGAAUGAGAUGCACAAAUUACCUGUCACUGAUAACUGGAUAAAAACAUUAAUGGAUUGCUGCCAUAUGAGAGCUCUAAAUUUCCAAAGUGCUCAUCGAAUGAAAGGACAGUCACAAGAUAUGGGAAUGUAUUAUCUCAGUCGAGCAAGUGAAGGAAUAGGUGGAGAUGUUGCACCAAUUGUUGGCAUACCAAUAGGAGUUACCAUAGGCUCUUUAGUUGCAUAUAAGAUGAUCAAAAGCUUAUACUGGAGGAGAAUAAGAGAUGGAGAAGAAAAGGAAUAUUCUAUGACAGUAAAAAAUUGAUGAAUUAACGAAAAAAGUAAAAUGACAGAAAAAUAUUUUUAUAAUUGUAAUUACUAUAAUGACUUGUGACUUAUACUAUGAUUUAUUAAUUAUUUCACAUGCAUUGUAGCAACUU